AUGGCCAAAGUAGAUAAUAACUUCUCUCCGCUUCCAGAGACACAGCCGAUUGAUUCUCUUCCCUCUUCGCCUUCUCAUUCUGGUGAAGAUAAAGAUGCUUGGAUUAGGAAUCAUGACGAUGAGUUAAUUCAGGACACGGCACCUUUUGAGGACGAUGCCUGGAUCAAUGAUGAGUAUUUGGAGACUCAGGUCAUAGACACUGAAUGCGACAAUGAAGAAGUUCUUCUGUGUGAUGAAACUCAAUGUGUUAGUGAAUAUUUGGAGACUCAGGUCAUAGAGACUGAAUGUGACAAUGAAGAGUUUCUUCUUUGCGAUGAAACUCAACCUUUCACUAUGGGAUUUGAAACUCAAGAAGAACCACUUGUAGACAACACUAAUCUCUUGACGAGUGAAGAUAAUAGACAACAUGCUAAUGAGAAGGUUGAAUCAACAGGUGCUCUUGAUGCUGGAUCCAAUAAAGAUGGAAUCUCUGGAGGAAAGGUAGCUACGUUCACUUCACUUCGUACAGCAGCUUUUCGUGCUUCUGCUAUGGCAGCACGUGCUGCAACCCAAAAGCUUUUGAGCAGUGACUGUUCUGCUCUACUCAGUUGUCAUUCUUCUGGUCAAGGAGUCAAGCAUAAUGUUGGAGAAGUCGGUGAUAAGCAGUGUCUUCCCAGUCCUGUUGAAAGGAAAAAUGAGUUGCGAAAAGGAAACAGAACAGCAAGGAAGCUUUUCCUUGAUGAUCCGACGGAAGAAGAAGAGUGCCCUUAUGUUCCUUUGAGUUAUUUUGACUCUCAAGAGCCUGGUGAGGCAUCCCAGGCCAGUGCUCUUAAUUUUGUUGAUAAGUUAAUUAGUGAGUCACGUGUAGAGUUUGCUCUUGAUGUUGAACCUGACUGUGGAAGGAGAAGAGAAGAAAAAUCGAAAUGUGUUGCGAGUGUGAAAGGUCCACAGGAAUUAGCAAAGAAAGUAAGUUACCAAGCGAGAGCUGUUGGAAACGCUGUGUUCGACUGGGAUGAUAGUCGUGAGGAUGAAGGAGGAGGUGAUAUCUAUCGUAGAAGGAAAGAAGAAUUCUUUGGCGUUGGAAGUAAAGCACGAGAACCUCUUACCUUGCCUAGAGAACAGAAGAGAGAACUGAUACAUGAAAGUCAUAAAAGACUUGGAGUUGCAGUGGCUCAUUCUGAUUCAAGGCUGUUGCAGCAGAGUAUGACUAGGAGCCGAAAGACUAUCCAGGCUACUAAAAAGAAUCUUGGCAAGGAGUUAGAUGCUGCAGUUUCCGAGGAAAGUAAUGAUAAAGCAUUUGAGAUUCGUGAUUUGGUUGCUUUAGGGUAUGAUACACAAGUGGCUGCUGAAGCUGUUGAUGCUCUGCGCUCUGGAGACCGCAGCAAGCUUGAUGCCGCCGAGGCGAGUAGUCUUACAGGAAAGAAUCUGUCACCGGGAGAAGAGAGAGGGUUUUCUAAUGGCGUUACUAGACAAUCCAAGGGAACUAAGAGGAUUCAGGCUAUGGGUAAAGAUGAAUUGGUGAGAAGAAGAAUGAAGAAAGCUAGCCCUAGUCCUGCUAAAGCUUGCAGGAAGAAUAUCGAAAGGUCUUCAAAGAGUGACCAGCUUGAUAAGGAAGUUACAUGCAGCUUGAAGAGAAAGAAGGUCCAGACUGCUUCACGAGAAAGUAAAAAGAAUCUUGUUGAUAAGUUGGAUGGAGAUUCCAAGGAAAGUAAUUCAAGAAUGUUUGAUAGGCGUGAAGAGGUAGAAGCAGGCCCUGAUACACAAAUGGCUGCUGAAGUGAUUAAUGCUCUGCACUUUGGAGACGACAGGGAAAUUGGUAGUGAGCCAAAUUGGCUUACAGGCAAGAGACCUUCACCGGAAGAAGGCAUUUCUGGUCGUGGAGUUGCUACCAGAAAAUCCAAGAGAAAGAAGGGGAUUCAAGCUGUGGACAAUGAUGUUGAAUUGUUGAAGCCAAAAGCCAAGAAGACUAGAUCAACUCUUUCCAAGGCUUGUGAGAAGAAUGCCAAACUUGAUACGCCAGAUGAAGUUGUUGUGUCUAAGCUACUAAAGCAAUCAAGUAGAUGUGAAGCUGAGUUGUUGAGUGAUCCCAAACGGAGAAGAUCAGCUCGUAUUUCACAAGAUGUGGUUAAUGAGGCAGAGAGGAUUUCCGAUUCUGCUUAUGAUACACCAGUUAAGUCUAAGGCACCUUCAAAGAUUGUAUCCCCUAUAUGCAUGGGCGAUGAGUAUCAUAGACUCUCUUGCAAGGAUUCACGUAAAUCAAAGACCACAAGGGAAUUCCGAAGCUUGACCUCACCAUUAGAGGAACCUGUUCUUGAGAAAAGGAGUACAAGAAAGAGAAGAGAUUUGAGUAGUAUACGUGUUUUGUUCAGCCAGCAUCUUGAUGAAGAGGUGACCGAGCAUCUGAAAAAGAUUUUGGCUAAGUUUGCUAUCUCGGAAGCAUCCACCAUGACGGAGGCAACACACUUCAUAGCCAAUACCUUUAUGCGCACAAGAAACAUGCUGGAGGCAAUCGCUUCUGGAAAGCCAGUGGUCACUACACAAUGGCUUGAAAGCAUCGAUCAAGUAAACAUUUAUGUUGACGAGGAACUUUACAUACUCAGAGACUCAAAGAAAGAGAAGGAGUUCGGUUUCAACAUGGGGGUUUCUCUGGCUCGUGCUCGCCAGUUUCCGCUACUACAGGGGAGAAGAGUCUUUAUCACCCCAAAUACAAAGCCUGGUUUAACCACAAUCACCACUUUGGUCAAGGCUGUUCAUGGACGGCCUGUAGAAAGACUUGGAAGAUCUACCCUAAGCGAAGACAAGGUUCCGGAGAAUCUUCUAGUCUUAUCAUGUGAAGAGGAUCGCGAUAUCAGCAUACCAUUUCUGGAAAGAGGGGCAGAGGUUUAUAGCUCGGAGUUACUGCUGAAUGGGAUAGUUACUCAAAAGCUAGAGUAUGAGAGGUACCGUCUCUUUGCUGACAAUGUUAGGAAAACGCGGUCAACGAUAUGGAUCAAAGACGGCAAAGGAGUUGAAACAUUUGUGACGGAUAUGCCUAACCAGAAGGUUGUGGUAAAGGGUAAGAUUGAUCCGAAGAAAUUGUUGAAGAAACUCAAGAAGAAGACAGGCAAAAGAGUGAAGAUUGUUGUGAAUGAAGAGAGAGACGAAGAAUCUAGCAAGGACGAUAGUGUUCUCGAGAUUGAUAUGGAACUGAUCUGCUUAAGGGAUGAGUCGGUUUUCGGGUAUAAUGACAGGGAGUUCGAGAAAUUUAUGUGGUUCAACGAUGAGAAUCCAAAAGCCAUAUGUUGCAUUUCUUAG